AUGAGUCCUGAUCAGAUGCCAGUGACCGUGUGCGUCCUAAAGGACGAGGUCACCUCCCCUCAUCCACGGCGUCCUGAUGGCUGGGGCUGGAGCUGUAUCAGUCUUACUUCUCGUUUGCCAAAAAUGGGAGAAACCAUCCAUGGACACAAGUUUUUCAUUGGCUUCGGAGGGAAAGGCGCCAACCAGUGCGUGCAAGCUGCGCGGCUGGGAGCGAAGGCGGCCAUGGUGUGCAAGGUUGGCAAAGAUUCUUUUGGCAAUGAUUAUAUAGAAAACUUAAAACAGAAUGAUAUUUCUACAGAAUUUACAUAUCAGACUAAAGAUGCUGCUACAGGAGCUGCUUCUAUAAUUGUCAAUAAUGAAGGCCAGAAUAUCAUCGUGAUAGUGGCUGGAGCAAAUUUACUUUUGAAUACUGAAGACCUGAGAAAAGCAGCCAAUACCAUCAGCAGAGCCAAAGUAAUGAUCUGCCAGUUAGAAGUUUCUCCAGCAACUUCUUUGGAAGCCCUGACAAUGGCUCACAGCAAUGGAGUGAAAACAUUAUUCAACCCAGCUCCUGCCAUAGCUGACCUGGACCCCCAGUUCUAUACCCUCUCGGAUGUGUUUUGCUGCAAUGAAAGUGAGGCUGAGAUUCUCACCGGCCUGCCGGUCAGCAGCCCCACAGAGGCUGGCAAGGCUGCACUGACCCUCCUGCAAAGGGGCUGCCAGGUCGUCAUCAUCACCUUAGGUGGCGAAGGGUGUGUGAUGCUGUCACAGACAGACCCCGUCCCAAAGCACAUUCCCACGGAGAAAGUCAAGGCUGUGGACACCACGGGUGCUGGUGACAGCUUUGUGGGAGCUUUGGCCUUUUACCUGGCUUACUUCCCCAAUCUGUCGCUGGAAGAAAUGCUCAAGAGAUCCAAUUUCAUCGCAGCAGCCAGCGUCCAGGCUGCAGGAACACAGUCAUCUUACCCAUACAAGAAAGACCUGCCGCUUAAUCUGUUUUGAUCGCUGGUAACUUCAAAAAAUAAAUACUUGGAAAUAAAAUGUUCUUUUAGGCAUUCACUCUGAACUAGCAGCUGACAAUAAA